ACUAACUGUCUGUUGCUACGCAGUUGAACUGUAACGUCACACGGGAUUUUCCGGGUUUGAAGAGGCACAUCUGGCAGUGUAUGUCGAAUUGUAAAUUCAGUUGAGCUGUCAGUCGGAUGGGAGGACCGGUCAUCUGAUGGUAUCGAUAUAGAUUAGACAAUGUGGUGGUCAGAUUAUCAUGUUCUGCUGGUCACCCUUGCUGUAGUGGUCACUGUCGUAGACGGCUGUUGCAGAAAACGUCGAAAACCACGUCCGCCAGUGAACCGCUCACCGAGUAUCUCUUGCCCCUCCAUCAGAGACGUCACGACACCGGCGUCCAAGACGUCGGCAUUAGUGUCAUGGGGAAAUCCAUCAGUAAGCGACGAUCACGGCGGAUGGAGGAUCAGUCAGAAGAGUGGGAGGGCCCCAGGAUCCAUGUUUCCUGAAGGUAGACAUACCGUGGUCUACCAGGUGGUCGACAGAGGUGGACUUUCUGGGGUUUGCUCCCGUACCUUCACGGUCAAAGUUAUCAGAUGCUGGGCUCACUCUCGUCCAAGAAAUGGUCAGAUGAACUGCGAUCGUUUGGACAACAUCUAUGGCACAAUGUGCAGGUUCUCGUGCGACUUCGGGUAUUAUCUGGACGGGAUGGGCUCAUCAAGUUGCCAGUCAAGCGGUAACAACCAACACGCAACCCCGACAUGUAAAAAGAAGAGCUGCGGUUCACUAGAGAUGCCCCCGAAUAGUAUUUCUAAGACCUGCACCGACGGGAACUACUACGGGAGUAGGUGUACCCUUUCCUGCGACUCCAAGAACGGCUACAGUCCGAGAUACCUCAACUUGGCCACCUGUCAGGGCACCACAGUCUGGCGCUACCACAACUGGGAAUGUCCAGAUACGGAAAAGCCCAAAAUCUUGAACUGCCCAGACGGCGAACUGAAGACGUCCAACUCGAGUUACGUCUGGACGACAAUCAGAGCCACUGACAACUCGGGCAAGGUCACCUUGACCCAGACAAGAGGUCAAAAGCCAGGGUCAGUGUUAGUAGAAGAUUCUCAGAUCAUCGAGUUCAAGGCUGUUGACCCUUCAGGAAACGUCGCUCCACCAUGUAGAUUCGCUCUCACCUUUGAAGAACCAUCGUGCGCCGCACCUGUCGCAGGAGGCGGGGACCACGACCCUGUCUUCAACUGCCCGUCUACCAAGCUGACCGUCGGGACGUCGUGUCGCUCCACCUGCCGUCACAGCAGAGUAGUGGGCGCCAAGUACAUCAGAUGCGAGAGGAGCGACGCCGUCAUCCCAGCAGCCUCCUGGGAGGGCUUCAUGGACUCCUACCCUACAUGUCACAAAAAAGCGUGUCCAGAUCUGAAAACACCUAUCAACGGCGCUCUGGUGUGUGACAAGUUUUUCGGCGGUGAAACAUGCCAGAUUCAGUGCCACGUUGAUUACGAUGUGCCGAAAGACAUGAAGCACGUGACAACACUUAUUUGUGGGUCCAGUGGUGGUUGGAAGCCUAUCCCGCAAGUUCCGGAUUGUACCUCUCUGAAGUUUCCUGACGCCUCCAAACUUCCAUCAGAACUGUAUUACUACGGCGGGAGCUGCUCUGACAACGGCACCAACGUUGAAAUACGAGAAGCAUUCCUACAGAGCCUCAUUGAUUCCGCCGUCCAUGAUUGCCAGGACGGAAAGUGUCUGGUAGAGGACGUGGAGGUGACAUGUGGCCCAGUAGAGGAAAUAGACGAUGGAUUUGGCUUGGAUGACGACGACUACUACGACGACUACAACUACGAUGAAAAGGCCGUCGAAGACGAGGGUGUCGAUGGCAAUGUUGAAGAAACAGUAGAAGCUUCCAAUCAGACCGAAAGUUAUAAUGUGAUGAACAGGCGACGACGAGCUGUUGUUGAUGGUGUAGAUCCUGCAGCCAUUUGGACCACUGAAUCUCCUGGUAAAGAAGAACACCAUGAAGGGGAAGGGUCGGGCGCUAGACGGAGGCGGAGGAAACCAAUACAUAGGACAAACAUUAAGUUCAACUGGGUCUUCAGGAAUACUUCCAGUUCGGUGACUGAGGAGAAAGUCACCAAGUUUGUGGACACAGCACUUAGUUCUCUUCGGUUGUCGAUGCAAGGCACGAAGCAGGCAAGGUUUGUGGAGGGAUCACGGGGUAACCUCACCUUCAACUGCGGCCGAGGGAAAGUCGCGGCCAACAGCUCGGAAGUACUCUGUGUUCCUUGUCCACGUGGGACGUUCCACAACCAGGAAGUGGACACCUGUGAGACGUGUCCGGUCCACACCUACUCCGACACGACUGGUCAGACACAGUGCACUCCGUGUGGUCAGAUGACCGGUACCAAGAACAAUGGAAGUAAAACUGACCGGGACUGCAUCGAGAUGUGCCAGCCAGGACAUUAUUCCACGACAGGACUAUCACCCUGCACCCCCUGCCCACUUGGUACGAUCCAGACGGAAUCGUUUAGUACAGAGUGCACUUCCUGUCCAUCGGAUUCGUCUACUGCAGCUAUGGGGAGUUCAAGUUUAGACGAAUGCCUCGCAUUCGAUGUGAUGGUUAACGGGCCAGUUCAGUUGCAUCUGGGUCCAGUUAUCCAUGACUGGUGUGAGGAUUUAACGCUGGCAUUCUGGCUUCGAACUCUGCCUCCAGGCGAGAAGAACCCGAACGUUUCCUUUGUCCUUAGCCAUCCUACAAGAGGUCAUCAAAUGACGUUGGACCUUUCACAUCAAACAGACAUCUUAAUGAGAAACCGCCAGGUGCCAGUGCAUACUAAAGUUCCCCAGGACCUGUGGAUCCACAUGGCGGUAGUGUGGAAAGGCUAUCCCAGUUUCGUGGACAUCUACAGGGCUGGCAGCAGGGUGACGCAUUAUGGAAACCACACCCCUCUCUGUUUUGUGCCAAAGGAUACCGAGCUCACAAUCGUCAUAGGGGAGGGAACAGGUGUCACACUGAGGGAAUUGUUCGUCCUGCCGCUGAGCAACUCAUCUGAUAUCAUAGCACGGUUGUCCAAGUCCUGCUCACCUGAGGCGGUCGGGUUUGAGUCCUUCAUGACAAAGGUUGUCUCGUCGGAUCCGUCCAAGAUCAGCAUGGUUGUGCCCAGUGUGUGUUCAGAGAUCGAUCGUUGUGAACCUGAUCCAUGUAACGGACAUAGAUGUCGAUCAUUCAAAUAUGGCGCAGAGUGUACAUGCAAGGGAGACUACUCUGGUCCGACGUGCGAAAUACCUCCGGACUACUGUAUCGUUGCCAACGAGUGCCAGAAUGACGCCCUGUGUCAGAAUAUUGAGGGAGGCGUGAACUGUACCUGCAUUGAUGAUUACAAGGGACGGUACUGUGAGACUCCAAUAGUUCAUGGUAACUGGGGCGAUUGGUCUUCAUGGUCAUCCUGCUCUGUGACCUGUGACGGAGGUGAAAGAUCAAGGUCAAGGAAAUGUGACGAUCCGGCACCAGAGCCUGGUCUAGGAAAACCAUGUCGCGGAUCAUCCGUUGAGAAAUCUGUCUGCAACAUCAACGCAUGCCCAGAAUGCAAGCAGUCGCAGCUAACAGUCAGUAAUGGCGUCAGCGUGACCUGCAGCAACGUGUCUGAAGAUAAAGGAUUCAUGAACUGCUCCGUGUCAUGUGACCAGGGUCUGGUGUUCCAGGAAGAGCCGCCAUCUUAUACUUGCCAAGAGGAAUUAUGGGUACCAGGGAGGAAAACCAUUUCUUGCGUGGACUUCCAGAUCCCAGACAACGUGGCGUUAGACUACGCCGUUCCCUACAAGACACGGGUCGGCCUCAACAUGGCUGCCGAUCUCGACGCGAUCCAAAACAAGGUGUCUGACUGUGCGUCCCAGACUUCCUGUGUCCAGAAAGAGGCUUGCCAGUAUGCUGUUACCAUGGAGACAUGUCACCGUGAAGCCGGAGGAUGUGCGAAUAUUCCAGAAGGAUACAUUGCCACAACUAAAUUCACCGUCGACGUCGUCGCCAGUAACUGGAGCGCUUUAAUAUCCAAGAACAACCAGGCCGCGGCUUGGUCCACCUUGAACAAUACCUUUAAUGAACUGGGAGAGAUCUACGACGACUGUUUCCUGGUUCAGCUGACCGAUGGUCAAGUGAAACCUGGAACCUCUGUCGUGGACAGUGACCUGACUUGUCCUGUGGGAUCAGUUCCAGAUCAAGGCUAUUGCAGUACUUGCGCCCCGGGCACAAUGUUCGACAACGACACGUGCACCCAGUGUGUGCGAGGAUGGUACCAGGAGGACUCGGGGAAGUUUGAAUGCGACAUGUGCCGAGCUGCUUACAACACGAAAUACAUGGGGUCGAGCUUCAAGUCGGAAUGCCUAGCUCCCCCUGCUGAUGCCUUCAUGCUUCUCACUGACCCCAUCACUGGACACAUCUGGUCAGUCAACAUGUCCGACUUCACACCCAAGGCUGUGGCUCUGCCGGACAACGUGAGACUGGGGUCAUCUGGAUACGACCCGGUCACGAACCACAUCUUCUAUGCUGACAAAAACAGACCUGCAAUACACAGUGUUGGGCCCACGCACAGCAAGACGUACAUCAAGCUCAACUGGGCUGCGACUGUUGACGGCUUGGCGAUAGAUCCCGUAUCGGGACUCAUAUUCUACACCGACAGGGGCAAUGACGUUAUCGGAGUGGUAACCAUAGCAACCAAACAUCAUAAAAUCAUCAUACAGGAAAAUACCCACAUGCCUCGACACAUAGAGGUGGAUCCUGUCAACGGAGUGAUGUACUGGAUAGACUGGGGAAAGGACAACAAGAUAGAGCGAGCCAACUACGACGGAUCUGACCGACGGGUGCUGGUCAAGUCCGUGUGGCCAGAGGGACUGUCCCUGGACAGAGAAGCCGGAAGAUUGUACUGGGGCGACGCCGGGUCCAAGACUGUGAAAGUGAUGGACGUGGAUGGAGGCAACAUGGCCACCCUCCUCACGACGACCCACCACCUCUCCGCCAUCACCGUGUUCCAAGACUACCUCUUCUACUCAGCCAUCAAGCCCAAUUCAAGCUCUGUGAUCAGAGUCAACACUGACGGUUCAGGCAGGGGUGAGACCGAGUUACCUCCCUUCCGCUAUCUCUCGGAUCUCCACGCACACCGGAAGAGUGAUUACAAAUUGGUAACUAACGGAUGUUCGAAGAACAAUGGCGGAUGUACUUUCAUGUGCUUUCCUCGACCCGAUGGCAAGAGAGUCUGCGCAUGUCCGGAAGAAUACAUGAUGGAGGAAAAUGAGAUUGACUGCAAGAAAAAGGUCAGUAAGUCGUUCUGGUGGGAUGUGUGGAUGCGGCCUCGACGACGGAGAGAAGCGAGACACGUGCUGCGACUGCGUCAUGAGGACUAGGACCACGGCAUAUUAGGAAGUGACGUCAACAAUGGAAAACAAACACGCUAGACCACGCAGUAUUAUAAGAGUUCUUAGUGCUAUUUGGACACAACGGUGGUGAGAGGGCAAACCACGAGUUAUUCUACCGGUGUGCUAGGAGACAAUGCCCUAUGUAAUAAGUGUAAGACAGGACAUUGUACACUAGCAGCUCUGUCUGUGAUGUUUCUUCAAAUUGAGUGUGCUCAUUCGGUAGUUACUCCUUUUAUCCUAUCAACAGUAUUAGGGAAGAUAGGAUUACAUAUUAUUUUCCAUGAUCGAUGAUGAUUGUGUAUCUGAAGAAUGGAUGUACAGUAAAGUACGGUUAUAACGAACUCAAAGGGACUACUAACUUUAGUUCGUUUUAACCGUAGUUCGUUAUAAGCAUAUAUACAGCAUAACUACAGAAAAUAGUCUGGACCAAAAAAGUAAGUUCGUUAUAUCCGUCAGUUCGUUAUAAGCGUGUUCGUUAUAACCGUAGUUUACUGCACGUGUCUUUAGUCGUACCUGUAUCGAGUCCUGGAGAUCAUGUAACUAUUCAGAGGCGGAUCCAAGAUUUUGAAAAGGGGGGUACCAAGGGCGCAUGCGUCUGGAUCUACCAUUGAAUAAUAACCCUCGUUGUUAUAACAACUCAUGUAAAAAGAUUUGCAUUCAUUUUAGCCGUUAUAUCAUGACAUUAUUUGCAAAGGGCAGCCAUUUUCGCAUGAAUGUGGCUCGUUCACAUUUGUGGUAUAUAUUAAUUCACAAAAUCAUUGAAACUUGUUGUUUAGCAUUUAUUUUUCUGUCAAUAGAAGUGCAUACACCAUAUGACCUUGAACGUGUGAAUCAUAAUAUCACUUGGGAUUAUGCACAUAACGAUAACGAAGUCGUAUCGAUCUUGCUGAUCUUUUUUUAGGGACCGCGAAAACAAAAUAUGCAUUAACAAUGAGGACGUGUUUUACUUACGUCUCUACCGCUUACAUAUACAUUGAAACCUCGUUAAUCCGAACCCACCUAAUCCAGAAACCGCGUAUCCCGGGCCUGAAAGAAUGACGAUAUAUUGUAAAGAUUAUAACUAAUCAUCAAUGAUUUGUAAAUCCGACCGAUCACAUUGAGUACGAUACAGUCUGGAUUAAAGGGGGUUCGCUGUACCUGGGCGGCAAACCACAAACUUGUUUCUUCCCCAAAACACUUCCGUCAAGCUGAACUGUUUACCGGCCAAUUGUAAAGUAUUGGAUCUAAAUGAAAACUGUUCUCAAGGAACGUUUAAAUGACCUAUGUAAGUAUACCUAUAUGCAUGGCCUCAGUGUUCUUUGUCAAUUAAGUUUAAAGUCCGAAAAGAGCAUUUCUUGAGAAAAAAUACAAACAUAAUGAUUUUCAAAAUAAGUAUAUUUGCCAAAUUACUAUAUAUUUUACCAAUGUGUGAAGCCUAUUUCAGAUGACCCACGCCAUGAUAUUGCUGGAAUAUUGUUAAAAGCGGCGUAAAACCAUACUCACUCACUUACUCACUCAUAUAUUUUACUUUUGCCAGAAUAUGGAUAGUUCAUCAGUGACACAAACAAAAAUGAAUUGUUUUGAACUAUGUGUGAUGCUUGUCAACUUGUGCCAUUCGAAUAAACUGUUUUUAUAGUCAUAGACUUGUUCCUGCAUGUCCUUGCGCUGUGUCAUAUUACUGUGUGCAUAUUCUCAACCCAUGUACCCCGCCGUGAUAUUGCUGGAAUAUUGUUAAAAGCGGCGUAAAACCAUACUCACUAACUAACUCACUCAUAUAUUUUACUAUUGCCAGAAUAUGGAUAGUUUAUCAGUGACGCAAACAAAAAUGAAUUGUUUUGAACUAUGUGUGAUGCUUGUCAACUUGUGCUAUUCGAAUAAACUGUUUUCAUAGUCA